AUAAUGCUAUGCAUUGGAAAACCAUAUAUGCUCACACUCAAUGUCGAUGUUUCCGAUGGUCUGGUCAAUGGCUCUGUUGGAAUACUGCAGUACAUACAAUACGAUACGCUCCGAGAGCCGGAACGCAUCUGGCUGCAUUUCGGUGAGCUUGGUUCCAAAAUUGCGAUUGGAACCGUGGCGGCCGCAAAAUCCCGGCAGUUACGGGCACUCGACAGAAAUAUUCAGCAAAAUUGGACACCUAUCGAAAGACGCACAGUCACUUGCGUCAUUGAUAAGAAGUCAAGGAUAUCCCUGAGGAGAUGCCAGCUACCCGUUGUGCAAGCAAGUGCUAUCACCAUUCACAAAUCACAGGGAGGCACGUAUGAAAACGUGGUGUACUCGUAUGCCAAAAGUCAUCCACAGAAAUUGGUAUACGUGGCACUGAGUCGUGCUACAGACAUCAACGGGCUCUACCUCACCAAUGUGGACAAUGACUUUACGUUCUACCACGGCAAGCCCAAUCCCGACAGGGUACUACUCGAUGAGUUUCGUCGGCUGCAGUCACACAAACUCCAAACUGUCACUGCUAAGUGCUACGCAAUGAUUAAGCAACCGCACUUGUUCUCGGUCGCCGCACUUAAUGUUCGCUCUCUGCCGGCGCAUUCCAAGGACGUGCACCACGACCCCGUCCUACGCCAUGCAUCUGUACUUUGCCUCUCGGAAACGUGGAUGGAUCCAAAACAGGCGGUAGAAAUCAUGGACUACCAGUACUGCUGCGGCGUCAGUAGAGAGCACAACAGAGCGGCAGGGGUGGCCAUCUACGUGCGUAAGGGUCUGUCUGCCGUACCCAUCGAGAUAUUUGGAACGUCAGACGAAGUUGGAGAACUUUGUGGCGCCAAGUUCGACAACGGCUUGGUAGUGGUGGCUCUGUAUAUCUCGCCUACAGCACUCACCAAAGAUAUCGUGCAUUUUCUGCGACUUGCGUUAAGCACACGUGGGUCCACACCCAUGUUAGUAGUGGGGGACUUUAAUGCAGACUUAAAGAAGAAUAAGAACUUCAUACCACUUAUGCAGGAAAACCUCCCAUUUCUCUCCCUCGUAACAGCUCACACCGCUGUGACGACCUCUCGAAACACGUGCAUAGACCUCGUCUUUCAAAAUGAGCCUUUGGUCCAUCACCUGGAACACAUAUCCUGCCACUUCUCAGAUCACAAGGCUUCCUUCAUAACAAUCAAGGACUGGGAUAAGAGUGCUAUUUAAAGCACCAGUAUAGGAGGAGCUUGCUCUAUAUUUGUAUAUAUUGUGGGGAUUUUGGACGCCGAACUUUGGCGACGAUAUGCACUGCACGCUAGGAAGAAAGGAGGAGGAGAAGAACGAAAGCUGGGAAAUUGUUCCCUCCGACGGUCUUGCGUACCUUGAGAGGUGUUAGGCGGGCCACUCGGAGGAGCAUCUACCAGCUUCGUUAUCAGUUGGAGCGUGCAAGUCGUACAAGACGAAGAGGAGGAGGAGGACGGUGAGGUUGAGGAGGAGGAGGAGAGGAGAUGCCAGAUACGUGUUGUGCAAGCAAGUGGUCUCAUCAAUCGUAAAUCACAUUGGAGCUUCCAGAUCUGACAAGUAUAUUCCCUUUCUCCGUACAAGCGGUGUGUUCCAAGCAUGUGACGACUUUCAUGACCCUCUUUCAUCAUCAAGUAUUGAAGUUCAUCUUGCGUCAGAUCUAAACAAAUCACAACACCAUGUUUGGGGUAAGUCCCUUAUCAAGUUUAAGAUGGUGUGCCUGCCUGUAGCUUCUCUAAAGUGUCUUUUUUUACGCUUGUUUCACUUAUUAUAAGUGUUUUCUUUUUUAUAUUAUACUCGGCCGAGUGCCCAUCUUCCAGUGUCCAUCACACUUUUAGUCUGGUGAUCACGUCACCUUGAAACCCUUGUAAGCUUAGAAGUGAAAAGUUUUGCUGCUUACACACAGCAGACAAAAAAAGGUAGGCAGCAUUUUAACUUCUAACUGUCUAAGCGUGGAUGUCAAGCAUAAACCCUGGGAACAUUUGCCCACUGCUUAACUACAUGCUUUUUUUUUUU